AUGGAGGAGCUUGGUAACUCUCUAAAUGGCAACCAUGUGUUGCAACCAGAAAAGCCCGAAGCUGAACUUGAGAUGGCCCAGUCGAUCCUAAGUAAAUUCUCUAUGAAGUCCCUGUUUGGAUUUACAAGUAAGUUGGAGUCUGUGAAGCCUAAAGAGGAAGAUGCAGUGCUGAAAGCAUUCCACAGUUUGGAAGUGGACCCUACACCACAGGAGAACCAUCCCGACCCUGGCGCAGAUCGGCAGGAGGCAGAUGCUCAGGUUCCAGCUGAUCUCAGAAAUGAUGGGAAGGCUGCAAGGUCUGAGGCAGGCUCAGAGGAGAGUCGGGAACCAGCAGCAGCUGAGUCGCCUUUCCCCGGUCAAGAGCUUCUUCCACUUGCUGCCUUGGAUGUGGGCAGAGAUGAUGUCAUUUGGGUCCAUGGGACCCUUGUGCACACCACUAGUGACUCUGACUCUGAUGAUGGAGGCCAGGAACCAGAAGAGGGAAGCAGCACCAGUGGCUCAAAGUCCCCGGGUAUUGGUGUAUUGGAGCCAUCUCAGGAGCCCAAAGAAAACUCAGAAGAGUCUAAGGAAAAUAGUGCCACUGAGGAAGGGUGUGAAGCACAGCUCUGUGCGGAGGAUGCUCAGAAGACUCCACCUGAGAUAAGCAACAACCUGGAACUUGGCAACUGUGGCCUUGAGACACAGCACAACCCCAGUGAGGGCCAGGCUGGAGAAGGGUGCCAGGUCCCACCCCCAGUGACGGACCAUAACUUGAGUGCUGGUGUUACUGAGAGCUACUCUUCUAGAAGAGAAACCCCAGGGGAAAAGUCAUUCCAGCUCCCGGCUUUUUUCAGUGGGCUCCGUGUGCUGAAGAAGGGGGUAGCGGCAGAGGGAGAAGAGACCAUCACUGAAAUUAAACCAAAGGAUGGGGACCUGGCAUUGCUCAAGUUGACUCAGCCUGUACAGAAGUCUCUGGGGCAUGCAGGGCCACAGACAGUGAAGAGCAGGGAGAGAGCAGCUGAUCUCAAAGCCACUCCCACUCUCCUGGAGCAGCUCUCUCAGCUGCUCAACAUUGACAUGCCCAAAACCGAACCAAAGGCAACAGACCCGGAUUUGUCCAGGGGAGAAGAGAUGGGCUGUAGUACUGAGCAGGAGAGUCAGAGUGGCUCUGGAGAUGCCCAAAUCCAGAGUGGUGAGGUGAAGCCAAAGCCCCCCGAAACUGCCCUGGAGGCCUUUAAAGCCUUAUUUAUCCGUCCUCCUAAAAAGGGGACCACAGCAGAUACCUCUGAGCUGGAAGCUCUGAAGCGCAAGAUGAGACAAGAGAAGGAGUCACUAAGAGCUGUGUUUGAGCGGUCCAAGUCAAGGCCGGUGGAUGGCCCCUCUGAUUCCAAAAGUCCUGACCAGAGCCCCACAGAGCAAGACGACAGGACUCCUGGCAGACUCCAAGCUGUCUGGCCACCCCCAAAGACAAAGGACACAGAAGAAAAAGUGGGAUUGAAGUACACUGAAGCAGAAUACCAAGCUGCUAUUUUACACUUGAAGAGGGAACACAAAGAAGAAAUCGAAAACCUGCAGGCUCAAUUUGAACUCCAGGCAUUUCGUAUUCGAGGAGAGCAUGCAGUGAUAACAGCAAGACUGGAAGAAACCAUUGAAAACCUCAAACAAGAGUUAGAAAACCGAUGGGGAGAAGGAUGUGAGGAAAUGAAAGAUGCAUGCAUCUCCACUGAUGACGGCUGCCCUCCAAAGGCCUUCAGGAAUGUGUGCAUCCAGACAGACAGAGAGACCUUCCUCAAACCCUGCGAAGGGGAAAGCAAGACAACCAGAAGUAACCAAAUCAUUCCCAAGAAGUUGAACAUCACCUCUUUAAGCCAGUUGUCCCCCUCGAAAGACAACAAAGACACUCAUGCUCCCCUUCAGACUGAGGAAGGCCUCUCACCAAAUCAGAAGGCAUCUCCUCCGCCUCCCACAACCCCACCUCCACCUCCUCCCAUCCCUCCUCCUCCACCCCUCCCACCUGGACUUGGACCUCUGACACCACCUGUGAGUGCUGGGCCACCACCUCCGCCACCUCCACCUCCUCCACCACCUCCCCUUCCUCCAAGUGCUGGGCCUCCCCCACCUCCUCCGCCACCACCGCUUCCUAAUGCCCCAGCUCUGCCCAACAGUGGAGGGCCACCUCCUGCUCCGGCACCCCCAGGACUUACACCCCCACCUCCUCCUGGACUCUUCUUUGGACUCAGCUCUUCUUCUAGCCAGUGUCCUCGAAAGCCAGCCAUUGAGCCUAGUUGUCCCAUGAAGCCCUUGUACUGGACUAGAAUACAAAUAAGUGAUAGGAGCCAAAAUGCUGCACCAACCUUAUGGGAUUCCUUAGAAGAACCUGACAUUCAGGACCCUGGUGAAUUUGAAUAUUUGUUUUCCAAAGACACAACUCAACAGAAGAAAAAACCUCUGUCAGAGACCUAUGAGAAAAAGAACAAGGUCAAAAAGAUCAUCAAGUUAUUGGAUGGAAAACGAUCUCAGACGGUGGGAAUCUUGAUAUCUAGUUUACACUUAGAAAUGAAGGAUAUCCAGCAAGCCAUUUUUAAUGUGGAUGACUCUGUGGUUGAUCUGGAGACCCUAGCAGCCUUAUUUGAAAAUCGAGCCCAAGAGGAUGAAUUGGAUAAAAUAAGAAAGUACUACGAGACAUCCAAAGAAGAAGAACUGAAGCUGCUGGACAAACCUGAACAAUUUUUACAUGAAUUGGCCCAGAUUCCUAACUUUGCUGAACGUGCCCAGUGCAUCAUCUUUAGAUCUGUGUUUUCUGAGAGCAUCACCUCCUUGCACCGAAAGGUAGAGAUUGUCACCCGAGCCUCUAAGGGCUUGCUGCACAUGAAGAGUGUGAAGGAUAUCUUAGCUCUCAUUCUGGCAUUUGGAAAUUAUAUGAAUGGAGGGAACAGGACUCGGGGACAAGCAGAUGGAUACAGCUUAGAAAUUCUGCCCAAACUCAAGGACGUCAAAAGUCGGGAUAAUGGAAUUAAUCUGGUGGACUAUGUUGUGAAGUAUUACUUGCGAUACUAUGAUCAGGAAGCUGGAACAGAAAAGAGUGUUUUCCCCCUGCCCGAACCACAGGAUUUCUUUCUGGCCUCCCAAGUCAAGUUUGAAGACCUCAUAAAAGAUUUGAGAAAACUGAAGAGGCAACUAGAAGCAAGUGAGCAGCAGAUGAAGGUGGUGUGCAAAGAGUCACCAGAGGAGUACCUCCAACCCUUCAAGGACAAGCUAGAGGAGUUCUUCGAGAAAGCCAAAAAAGAGCAUAAAAUGGAAGAAGGUCACUUGGAGAAAGCACAGAAAAGUUUUGAAACAACAGUGGGAUAUUUUGGGAUAAAGCCAAAAGCUGGUGAGAAGGAGAUUGCACCCAGCUACGUGUUUAUGGUAUGGUACGAGUUCUGCAGUGACUUCAAGACGAUAUGGAAACGUGAGAGUAAAAACAUAUCUAAAGAAAGCACACUGAACUUGCAUCAAAGGGAGCUCUCCAAGACUAAGGCCACACUUCACACAGUGUUGAAGCCCCGCUGGAUUUACAGCGUCACUUCUGAGUCCCUUACGUAUCCUGCUGAGGACAUCAAACUGCAAGCCGCUCAGCCUGCUUGCAGCCUCUGA